GAUAAAAAUAGAUGUGUCUCAACAAAAUGAGAGGCAGUUUUUAAAAAUAACAAAAGCAUCUAAAACAAGAAACUGAAGAAAGUGUGUUUUUGAAAUGUGGAGGACACAACCAGAGUCCAGGUAAGCCGAGAGGACUUGAUGAAACAAAAAUGAAAAUAUUUAUUUGUUAAAAUGCAUGAAUCUAUCUGUAGUUUGGAUAUGAAAUCUUUCAUAUCUGCUGAUUUCUUCACAGAUGAAGUGAUGAGUUAAACAAAUGCAGCUUCUUAAAGUGGGAUUUUUUUUGUUUACUCUCUUUUAUAUCAGUAAAUUGAAUAUUUUUGGACAAACUAUUUAAAGACGGCACUGCAAACUCAGAUCGUAUCGCCCUUCUCCUGUGAGAAUCUCAUUGAUUCUUAGUUUCCAGGUAAGUGUAAGAGCGAGCCCUGCUUUAUUUCUUUAAUUUGCUCAUUUGCUUUGUGUCUCAGUGUUGCCAGCUGAAGACAAAGAAACAUCUGAGAGCUGCAGUGACAGAAACCAGCCAGCAGGAGGAGAUAGUCAUUUACUCUGAAGGAUGCUGAGAACAAACUACAACAGAAGUUUCAUCUCUCAUCCAGAUGCUUCUUCAGUCCAGAACCUCUUGGAUGCCAGACAGUGUUAAAGCAGAAGAAGGUUGACGGUGGGGACGGACGGACGACGGCGGCCAUGGAGCAGAAGCCGUGCGUCGAAUACCACGACCUGGAGGCUGCCGAGGCGCUCGUCAGCAUGAGUUUCUGGGGUCAAAGACUGCACAAGCCCCGCCCACUCACCCCCACCUCCGACUCCUGUGACUCCAUCCAGCUCCACCCGGAGGGAGGAGACGCUCCCAAAGACCUGAUCGCCCUGUCGUCACUGUGUAUGACUCCGCCUCACAGUCCAAGUUUUGCUGAGGCCUCCACCACCGCUGUCCUCACCACCACCAUCUCCUCCUCUUCGAGUCCCACCUCCAGACACGUCGUACCCCGCCCCUGCGUCUCCGUUUGUCCCACAAUCCUCAGCGACUCCCACACCUGCCUCCCCCAGCCCUCGUCCUCCCCCAUCGCCUCACCGACCUCAGCACUUCCAACUUACACAGAGUUAUCCUGCGUGGCUCCGCCCGGCAGAGCGAUGGCCACCAGCGUCAUCCGCCACACCGCCGACAGCCUCAGCCUUCCCACACCUCCACCUGCCACCCAGCCAACAGAAACCUCCACAUCACCUCUGACGGGAACUCCAGAGACACCUCCAGAGGAGAAGGUUUUAUCUCCUCCAUCUCUCGACAUCCCGUCCUCUCCGCUCUCUGCAGCAUCUCCUCCUCACUCUGCCCCACUGUCUUCCUCUACGGUCUCCUCCUCUCCACUCCUCUGCCAGGUUUUCCCAGUGAGCAGCCAGACGGGGAUGAUCUCAGCCUUUGUUCAGGCUCCGGUUCAGGUGCAGACUCAGGGGGGGCCCAAGCCCAUCCUGCCCCAGUCUCCUGCUUCCAGCUUCGCUCAGCCUCUGCUGGUGGGCUCCGCCGUACCGCAGGGCACCGUGAUGUUCGUGGUGCCCCAGCCGCCCGUCUCCCAGACAUCACAAGGCCCACAAACUGUCAUGACUCUGGGCAACACCAAGCUGCUCCCCCUGGCCCCGGCCCCAGUUUAUAUGCCAUCAGGAACAAGCAGCGGCACCACGCAGGUCGACUUUUCCCGCAGGCGAAACUACGUUUGCACCUUCCCCGGCUGCAAGAAAACCUACUUCAAGAGUUCACACCUGAAGGCUCAUCUGCGCACUCACACAGGUGAAAAGCCGUUCAGCUGUCACUGGGAAGGCUGCGACAAAAAGUUUGCCCGUUCUGACGAGCUUUCCCGCCAUCGCCGAACGCACACUGGCGAGAAGAAAUUCGUCUGCACCGUGUGUGACCGGCGCUUCAUGCGCAGCGACCACUUGACCAAACACGCCCGGCGGCACAUGACCACCAAAAGGGCGUCAUCUUGGCCCGCCGAAACCCGAGACCUCAACAAGGGUGCCCUGACCAAGGGCCAAAAUAGAGGCCCCACGCUUCCUGUCGGUGUGCUGGUCCCCACCGCCAACUAACAGACUCACAGAGCCCAUAGGGCCAACUCAGGACCCGGGGGGGGGGGGGGGGGGAAGCGACCGCCAACCAGACAGUCAAAGUAAAAAUGUGUGGUUGUUCCAAUCAGCUACACCAGCCACAUCAGGACGAUGUUUUCUACUCUACCCGUCAUCGGGCCCUGGCUACGUUUACAAGACUCUCAGAACAGGGUCAAAAAAAAUAAAAAACCUGGGGAAGUCAGAUUCGAAGUUUUUUGUCAAGAUGGCCGUCCUACUGAGUGUUGAAGAAGUGCUCGGAUCCUUUAAUCAAGUAAAACUACUUUGUAUUCAUGUCACAGUAAUUCAAAUGAUUAAGAGUAUUUGUAUAAGAUCCGAGUGCUGCCAUUGUCUGGUUAAUCUCAUAUAUCAUGUAGACGGAGCUAACAGCUGAGGACAGCGAGUUUCCCGCCCUGCUCAGGACAUUUUAUUCCCACGAACCACAAACUCACCGCUGGAGGAGGAGGAGGAGGAGGAGGAGGAGGAGGACAUGAAGGCGGCAGGCUGCUAUUCAUUCACAGACAGAAACCAACAAAAACCUGACAUUGCACUGGAUUUUUUUAAUCUUGCUUGUUUUUGUACUCUCUCCAUGUAUAAUCAUGUUUACUUCAUGUGUACAUGUCACGUUUAGCAAAAUGUAUGCACUCUUUCUAUUGUUUGCCAAAGCCUCUGUAUCGUGCUUCUGUUAUUAGCUUACUUCUAUUUGUCUGACUGUAAAUAUUGUAAAUAUAUUGAUAUCUAUAUGAAUGUUACGUGUAUUUCAAUCUGCAUUUAUUGACAGUACGAGUUAUUGAUAUUUUAAAAACGUCAGUGGACAGUAUUCAUCACUGUGAUACUACCUACUAUCUUUGCUUUACACAUUAUUAUUAUUUAAUAAACAUUUGUUGAGGAAAAAGUGCUGUUUUUGAUAGCUUGAUUUGGCCCAUAGUGUAGCCAGAAAAUACCUCGUUAUUAAAUGUUAUUCUUAAUAAUAACAGCUUAUAUCGGAAUAAUUCCAUUUCUGAACAUUUGCCUGUAAGCAAUGGUAAAGAAAAUGGCUUUUAUAAUAAAACCUUACCACAAAAAUCA